AUGGCUGAGAAUAUCGCUGCGCAGAGCGCAGUUUCGUCGCGAGGCCUCGGUCUUUCUACGAAGAUGCCUGCUUUCUUUCAUGUCCUCGAGGAUCAAUGGGACCCCACUUCAAACCCACAGGGGAUUGUCAACAUUGGCUUAGCUGAGAAUGCAUUGAUGCAGGAAGAAAUGAAGGGAUUCCUCAACUCCCACCUAAAUGUAGAGUCGCAUGCGCUGACAUACGGCGAUGGAUUCUCCGGAUCUAAAAGGCUGAGGGAAUCCCUGUGUCAUUUUUUGAAUCGUCAUUUCCAGCCCCAUGUUCCCCUUUCUCCAUCCCACAUGGUAGCCACCGCCGGCGCGAGUAAUGCCCUCGAGUGCUGCGCAUGGGCCCUGUGUGACCCCGGCGAUUAUAUACUUAUUGGACGUCCCUAUUGGACCACUUUCAGAACGUUGCUUGGCAAUCGUGCUAGUGUGAAUGUGCUUGACGUCAAUUUUGAUGGGGUUGACCCAUUCAGCUCUGAUGCGGUUGAGCUUUACCGGGAAACCUACAUGCAAGCCAUCAAAAAAGGGAAGAAGAUCACGGCCAUACUCUUGUGCUCGCCAAAUAACCCCCUGGGUCGAUGCUACUCUCCAGAGAUCUUAUGUUCCUACAUGCGUCUCUGUGGUGAGCUUGACAUACAUUUGGUCUCCGACGAACUAUACGCUCUGUCGGUCUGGGAGAACCCCACGAUGGAAGACCCGGAUCAAUUCAAAUCAGUUUUGUCUUUCCCAUCCGAGAGUCUGAUGAACCCCCAAAAGCUACAUGUUAUAUGGGGAAUGAGUAAAGACUUUGGGGCAACGGGCUUGAGGAUCGGCUGUUUAAUCAGUCAAUUCAACACCCGAUUUUUGAAUGCCUGUGAAAGUAUCUCGCUCUUUAGCUUUCCAUCCAGCUUGGCAGACAAUGCGGUUGCGAAACUCCUGGCAGAUGACUAUUUUACAGAUCACUUUAUUUCUCUUAACCGAGCCCGGCUGUCGGAGAACUACCGUCAUGUAACAACAACUCUCAGUGACCACGGUAUUCCAUACACCCAGUCCAAUGCUGCCCUUUUUGUGUGGGUUAAUCUGGGAGCGAUGACUAAAGGGCAUGGGGCCACUGAUGCUGAUAUUCUUGAGAUUUUAAAUCGAGAGAAGGUUUAUGUUACUUCUGGCUUGACUUACGCAAGUGAACAGCCAGGAUGGUUCAGGAUUGUGAUUGCACACCCUAAGCAUGUGUUGGAUGAAGGCCUAAAGCGCAUUUUUGGCGCAAUGUUAUAUUAUGAGACAAGAAUAACUAAAUGA